AUGUUGUCACAGGCAAUCACGGAUUCGAUCCUGCUGAAAGCCGACGAGUUUUGGACCAAGUAUGAUAUUACUGAGGGAGGGCGCAAAGCGAGAUUGCAACCGGGGAUUGUGGGCGCCAGAGCAAAUCUUCUUCUAGCCCCGUACGGUCGAAAGUUAGGGCCCGAUCCUGCUUCUAUCAACGCUGCUCGCAUUGGUGGAAUCGCCGCCAAUAACUCAAGUGGCAUGUGCUGUGGGACCGCCGGAAACACGUAUUUCACGAUGGAGGCUAUUCGUGUGAUUUUAUACGAUGGCACUGUGUUGGACACUAGCUUGGAGGAGAGCAAGGCCAAAUUUAGAAAGACGCACGGCCAUAUCUUGGACGCUCUUGCUAAGCUGAGGAAGGAUACCUUAGCGGAUGACAAGCUAACCAAGCUCAUUCAGCACAAAUACCGGUUGAAGAACACGUGUGGCUAUGCGAUUAACUCUGUGGUUGACUUUGAGGAUCCGUUCGACAUCCUCGCACACCUCAUCGUGGGUAGUGAGGGUACCCUAGGUUUCAUCUCUGACAUCACAUACAACACUGUGGAAGACCACAAGCACAAGGCGUCCACCAUCAUUGUAUUCGACACCGUUGCCGAAGCGUGCAACGCUGCGCAUGCACUGUCUAGUCUACCGGUGUCGGCUGUCGAACUUAUGGAUCGAAGAG